AUGACACUCAAGACUCCCCUUGCUGAAGACCGCUCGGCUCAAGAGGCUGUUCACGAACAGCAGCAUGAAACACUCAAACCGCGUCUCACGAGGGAGCGCGGAACAAUUCAAGACCGCAACGCCAGAAGAUCACCACUUCUUCGCCUGCCGGCUGAACUCAGGGAACAGAUUUGGCUUUACGCUUUCGGCAGUCGAGCCAUUCAUCCUCGAUUGUACUACGCAUAUGCACAGACCACAAAUACACGGACCACGAUGAGACUUUGUUGUUCAUUCGCAUCCUGCAAAGAGCUUUUCACAGACGAAGAAGUGAACCGCCAAGCUAUCGUGGUUGGCAGCAAGCGCUGGAUGAUAGCAAAAACACAAGCACUCAGUACAGGCACCUUCAUCGGAUCUCAUUCCAGCUGCGCCAAAAACUCGGAAAUGAUAUAUACGAUCGUCCCAGGAGUUUGCAAGCAGAUUUAUUACGAGGCAGUACCCAUCGCCUGGAAAACGUGUACUUUUACGUUCGACAGCGAUAUAGAUUUUCAGCACUUUUUCAAGUCGUCUAUUAUCCCCUUCGACCUCAUCACCAAGUUGAGCAUUGUUUUGAACAACAAAAAACGACGUCUGGGCUGGCAAAUCGGCCUGGAAAAGUCUGGAUUAAUCGCCCAGCUCGAGUCUCUCAAGGGUCUCAAUAUAGUUCAAGUACAUGCCUAUGGUCGUACACCCUCAGUUAUGCACUUGGCAGAUAGCUUUAAACAGUUCCGGCUUCGGGAAGACCAGGUCACAGUGACUGCUUAUCCGUUUUCAAAUCCCCAUGAAGGGAGGAUGUCGGACUUGGAGGAACGGGUUCGCGAGCACUUGUUUAACACCAAAGAUGUGCAGCAAAGAAUCUGA